AUGGAUUCACAUCAUCUUCCACCAUCACCACUUGAUUCCUUCUUCCCUUCAUGCGACCAUUCCCUUCUCAUGACCACCAUCACCACUGCUGGGUUCAACACUCUGCAAGAUCAUCAUUACUCCUCCACAACAUGUCCAUUAUGGAAUGAGAACACUCCAAGUAAUCACAUGAAACAACACACAUGUUGCUUCUCCUGGUCGAGUGAUCAUACCACAACGUUGUGUAAUCGUUCCAAUGCAUGUGCUACUCGUGAAGGAGGAUCACUCAUGUUGAAUUUGGAUGUGAAUGAUUUCAUGACUUGUUAUUUGCUCAUGGUGGGUAGUAGUAAAAAAACCACAUCUACUACUACUACCACUACUACCACUACUCAUUACUCUAUAUUUCCAGAUGACAUCCAAGACGCUCAACAUUCAUCAACCACCAAUGAAUUGGGAGAUCUCAUGAUGAGGGCCACUUGUAAUGAAUCAUCCUUCUUCUUUCACCAUUCCCAACCACAGAACGAAACGAUCCACUCUCACUCCUCUCCAUUAAUGGGUAUGGUUUCCACCACCACCAAUACUAUGAACAUCAAGAAUGUGGAGGAUUUGACCAACACCACCUCCAACACCUUGACAACACCACCUCAUGCGACAAUGAACUCAUCCCCAACCACUCCACCCUCCCAAUUCUGUUCCGUAUCUCCUUCUCUUCCAUUGUUUUUUGAAGAGUCUAAGAGGUCUAGUCCAUCCUUAAAGAUGAUGUCAAUGAUGAAGAAGAAGAAGAAACAAUCCAUAGAUGCUUCAUUGAUGAAAAUUUCAAAGUCCUCCUCCUCGAAAGGACAUAUCCUUUCUCAAAACAAUCGAAACUCUAAGUCUCCGUUGGUAUUCAUCCAUGCCAACUCGAAACAACAACAACAACCCUCAUUGACUACAACCACUACCACUCAAGGCCACAAAACUUCCACAAAUCCUCCAAAUCCUGAAUCGAUGCAAUUUACAUUUCCUUCUUGGACCUUUCAUCUGAUCGAUACAAGCACCAGUCCAGAGGAAUCGAAUGCUUCUAAAACAAGUUCUUCAUUUCCGCCCUCCUCCUCCUCCUCUAAGGAAACCUCUAAAAAUACUUCGAAUGGAUUUAAAUUUAAGGUGCAAACAAUAUCUCCUUUUCAUUCCUUGUAA